AUGCAGAAUAUAGAUGAGCCAAACGACGAUUCAGCGGAUUACCCAAUGGAAAUGCCGCGAACAGAACCCGAUCGCUGCAUCAGCCCACCCACCGCGGGGGUGGCUCGAUCGGCACCGAGAGUCUGGGACCGCCACGUUCGAGGGCGCAAGGGACCCGUAGUGGAUCAAGCUUGGGCGGAUCCGGUUCUGCCCGAGUUCUUUCGGGAACUUGCCUCUCAGAUGGCACGGGGGGUAGUACAGGCGUGCCAGAGGUCCAUCGGAUACGAGGACGGCAAGAACAUGAGGGAUUUCCUCGACCUGGCGGAGUUAGAUUUCAUUGAAAGAGGGCUAGAAGAACGGCUGUGGGGAGAAGAACUCAAAAGAUAUCUGAGGGGAGACGCCUUGAGAUACUGGAUGUAUCUGCGUCGCACUGGAGAAUCCCUAACUGAUUGGGAGCAAUUGAGACAGCGAUUCUGCGAGCACUUCUGUAGUAUAACUCUGGAACGGAUGAAAGUCAUGCUAGCUAAGAAUGUAUGGAGGGGCGACCACCGCGCAUACUCUGCGUGCUUUGCGGACAUCGUGGCUCAAGGGGUGACGGUGGCCCCAGAUCUGUUGGUGGGUUACUACCUGGCCAACCUACCAGAUGAAAUACUCCGAGAGGUAACUCAAGGGGGAACAAGGAGAUUUGCAGACUGGCAGGAAGCCGCCGCAGCACUGGCUACCACAGCGGCACCGUGGAAGGAUUUGCGCGAAGACUGCCACCGAUUCCGGCGAGACUUAGAGGACGCCACGCGUAGAUGGGAUAAAGGCGGGCGAGAGCCGGGCCUACUACGCGAACGAGAGAACAGGGACGACAGAAGGAAUGAUACUACGGACUCACGCUGCUACACGUGCAGCGGAAGGGGACAUGUGAGCAGGGACUGUCCGCUCCUAGCCACAGGGCCUAACUCCAUUCCAGUCUCCCCAGAUUGGGAGAAGAGGUUGCGUAUGGGGACUGAGCGGAAACGCGCCGACGGUCCUGACGUGGGGGAGGCUCAGCAACCCCCGGCUGACCAGUCACAUGCUGAGGCUAUGUUGCAAAACAAGGAAGGGUCUAGACGUAGACUGGACCACGGCCGCAAGCUGAACGCCACCGCAACUGAAGGGGACCGUCCGCAGGUCACGAACACUAAAGAACUACAGUGGUGGCGCGAGCAGAGGAUGCAGGAAGACGCCACGCCCAAGGGGACUCUGUGUAGUGUGGGUAUGACCGCCGUACUAAGAGUCGAAGUGGCUGGCAACCAGUGCGAAGCUCUUCUGGAUACCGGCGCCUCGAGGAGCUUCAUCAACCCAGGGGCGGUAGAACGCCUACAGCUGAGAGCACGGAAGCUGCCUGAGGAGCACGUGUUCACCGUAGCUAACGGUGGGCAGUUGAGGAUAGAUCGCGUAGUAAAGGGGCUCACUAUGUGGUGCGGGGCGACCCGUUUAGCUGGCGACUUCUUAGUCGGGCCGGUGCCAUAUGACCUAGUGGUGGGGCUUGAUUGGCUGACUCAGCAUAGGGUAGCCUGGUAUUUCCAGUCUGAUAAGCUACGUACGUAUGUGAAUGGCCAGUGGUGCGAUCUACCGGUUGUUCGUGCCACCGAGGCCACACAACGGAACGGCAGUACUCAAGGGACGCGUCAGCGGACCCCCGCAGAGCAGGCAUACGAUAUACUGGCUAAGCAGGUGGCGGACAUGACUCGGGAGGAAGCUACGGCGCUUCUACGCCCUCCCACUAAGAGGUACAAGCCACCCUCCAGGGGCAAGCGGGAAGCCGUGGUCGCUGCCCUGUUGCAGCAGGUUUCGGAGAGUGCGGCCUUCAUACACCACCCACUUCAAGGGCUCUACGUUAUACUAGCGCUUCCCGCGAUGGAGUCGGACGUGGCUCUGCGUCUAGUGGAGGAGAGGCAAGGGGCUUUAUGUUGUGCCUUGGUCGAAACCUCCCCUUCCAACCCCCACCGACAGUGUCUUAAGGUUCUACCCGCUUCCGCGUAUCCCGACGACGAGGAAACAUCCCCUUGGCCAACGGCCAAACUAGAGUACUCGAAAUUCGAUACGUGGCUAACCUCCGAGGAGGCGCAGGAAACUCCCCGAGUGAUACUGGAGGUGUUGUGUGCCCACCGUGCGGUCUUUCCGGAUAAACUUCCUAUACGGCUGCCACCGAAGCGCCCCCACGAUCACCGUAUCCUUCUCGUGCCAGGGAAACUCCCUACGAAAUCGGCGAUCUACCGCAUGACCCCUGAACAACUUCUACUUCACAAGCAGGAGAUAGCUAAGCUGUCAC